UUGUCCACAACUUCAUGCUAUCCAAUGUGUUCUUAGUUUUUCAAUGUUCGUUUUCUGCAGCCAGUAAUCCAGCCAUUCUCUUAUCUCACAUUUUGAGCUCAGAAGUUAGCGUUAAUUGUCACCAGAAAAUGUCUCAAAGCAUUAAAGACAUGUGAUCUCUUGUGCAACAGUAGAUGUCGUUGACAGCCAAAAAUGUAUCAUAAUCCACAGUCAGUACGAAUUCUUGCAUUCGUAAUUCCCUUUAUCUUUCUUCAGGUCAUUCAUUUCAGCUGUUCGGCUAAAUGAUCGACGAUUCUGAAGAGAAUAAAAUGCAGGCCAGGAGAUUAUCAUCCUAGUGGUCAAACAGAUGAAUUAAGACUAUUCUGAGGCAAACACUAAGCUAUAAAUAGGAAUGGAUCCUUUCACCAAGAUGGCAGAGAAUGAGACUUCUCAGUUACAGAGAGCAAUAUUCGCCCAGUAUAUUAUGAUGAAGAAGUUAUUCAUGGAGCUAGAAGAGGAAAGGGAAGCUUCAGCAAGUGCUGCAGGUGCAGCCUUGUCAAUGAUUAGAAAACUUCAGAAAGAAAAGGAGUCGGAGAGGAUGGAAGCAUGGCAGUACAGAAGAAUAGCCGAAGAAAGGAUGAAUCAUAAUGACAAAGCUCUGGAGAUUGUGAAGGAAGUCAUGCAGCAGAAGGAACUGGAGAUCUAUUAUCUCAGGAACCAACUUCAGGUGUAUAAACAAAGGUUACUGGGUGUUGGUAUUGAUGAUUGCGAUAUUGCAGACGAGACUAUAGCAAAAAAUAUACCUUUCUUUGAAAGCAGCGACGUAGAGAAUCUUUGUCAUACCAUCAAAAGGAAUUUCUCUCUGCCAAUUUUGCAGUUGGAUAAACGUCUUACUGAAAUGGAUAUCAACAAAAACGAUGGAUCACUUCGAUCAGCCAGGAGCAGGUUAGGUGUUUACAUCCAGAAUUUUAGUGAAAAUGAACCGGACCAAGUUUCCAGCGAUGGCAACAACCUGAAAGGUGUAGAGCCCAAAGAAAGCUCGUCAACAGAUAUGAACAGUACCGAGAAGCAUGCGAAAGAACCAAAAAUUCUAAGCAACAGUAUUUUGGAACACUCUUAUCCAUCAGAACAGGCUUCACGUUAUUCCCCGUUCUUAAUGGUGAGUCAUCAGACUGAUAUACGCACUCCAAGAGCAGCACAUGUUGGAAAAGAUGCGGAAGACACGCUACAUCCUGAUCCGCUCGGGCCUUCGUGUCCCAAUAACGAAAUGGAAAAAACUGUAGCCCAUCAUACAGGUGAUAUGGGCACACUCAAAGAUCCAGAACUAAGCAAGGGGCCAGCAGAAUCCACAUGUACGAAAGAUGGCAUCAACACAGAGGAAUCUGUAAUUUCUCCAAUGGUUGUUCAAAAAGAUAAAGGGCCCCAUGCUCUUUCCAAGCUUUCAGCAACACGAAAAGUUGGCUCCAUGAAUAACGUCGACAGACAUGUCCGUGUAAGCACGGGGAGUUCUACACCACGAGCUGGAAUUGAGAGAACCAGAUCAAGGCUGAAGCGUGUUCAGAGUGAAAAGAGGAUUGAGCUAAAUGAACCUAAGAAAAGCAAGGAACAAAUCAUAAUGCUGAAGGAGGUUUAUGAGCAGCUCAAUAUGAUAGAAGCACACAUGAGACCUUCCGGUUCACAGGAGACCCCUAAAAAUGACCAGUCGUUGGAUUCUGUCAUGGAGGCGGCUCUGUCCUUCUCCAUAUAGUCCAUCUCGGCUUUAGCCAUGUGAAGCAAACUGUGAGGCCGCCAUCUCCAGUAAUUCAAGUUCUGCUGUAGCCUGAAGGUAUAAGCUUAUAAAGGUAAUUGGGCCUGCUUGCCUGUCAAGCCGAUCAGGGAACAAAGACAGUUUUUUGGUUCUUAGGUAUCCCAUCUCCUCCACCACAUCAAAUCAGAGAUGCAGCAAGUCGUAAUAUGAACAAGUUCAGCUCAAACUCGAUUUGUAUCAUUUGUAUGUAAUGCUAUUCAAAGAAAUGUGGGCAUGGAGUUCUGCUGACCCAAUGCUCACCCCGGACAUCUGGUGUAAUGUUUUGGACAUCUUAGCUUUUUUAGGAUUGUUGGAUUAAAUCAGGACGCGACCUAAGCAACAAGCGGCUUCUAGUCAUGCGCUGCCUGGCGGAAGAGAAUUAUGUAGAAGUUGUAACUUAUGAAAACCCAGCAUUGAUGCCUGUAAAAAUCCUGAGAAAUUCGUGUUUUGAAGAAACCAAAAUGGCCAAGGUGCACGUGAUAGCA